AGAGAGAGAGAGAGAGAGGCUCCGUGACGGCGCUUCUUGGUGCAAGUGUUGUGACCCGGUUGGACCGUUAUUGCCACAGUGCGCGGAGCCAAUACGACCGUAUUUUUCAGGGAUAAAGGCAAAACACAUCCAGCGAAAUGUCGAAGGUGGAAGGAGGAAUGAAAUGUGUGAAAUACCUUUUGUUCGUCUUCAACUUUAUAUUCUGGUUGAUGGGAUCCUUUGUUCUGGCAGUAGGACUGUGGCUACGUUUUGACCCAGAAACUGUGUCUCUUCUCAAUGGUGAUAAGGCUCCAGACACUUUCUUCAUUGGUGUGUAUAUCCUGAUAGGUGCUGGCAGUCUGGUGAUGCUGGUUGGUUUCUUUGGCUGCUGUGGAGCUGUUCGGGAAUCUCAAUGCCUGCUGGGUUCAUUCUUUGCCUGUCUGUUGAUCAUCUUUGGUGCGGAGGUGGCGGCAGGGGUGUUUGGAUUCUUAAACAAAGACAAGAUUAUCAAAGACGUUCAGAACUUCUACGCAACAAGCUACAAUGAAAACAAUAACGGCACCUUGAUCAUCUCAUACCAGAAAGUACUGAACUGUUGUGGAACCAUAGAAAGCCCCUGUUCUGAACCUGCAACAGAUACUAAGGACUGUGAGACAGGCAUCAAGGACUUCUUCAACAAUAAACUCUACAUCAUUGGAUACGUGGGCAUCGGCAUUGCUGGAGUCAUGGUCAUUGGGAUGAUCUUCAGUAUGGUGCUCUGUUGUGCCAUUCGCAACAGCAGAGAGGUCAUCUAAGCUGGAUACUUGAACUCUGCCCCUCCUGUACCCAGCCCUGAAAGACUGUACAGCCUUCAGAUCCAAAGUCAACCUUUGUCCAUUCAGGGACCCAGGAAAUAGAUCAUGUUAAAAAAGAAAAUCCUUUCCACUAUGGUGCUCAAACCAGCUCUUUUGGCCUGAUCUUCCACUAUUUUCUCUGAAACGUUAUUUAUUUAUUUGCAGUCACAAGCAAAAUAGCAUGCUCUACUUUCAUAACUAUCCACACAGUGGGAACAGCAUAAUGUCUGAUGUUGACCUGACAAUCUGUCAAAUAGUGUUUUCCUCAUGGCCAUUUGGCUGCCAUUAUAAAUUUUAACCGACAUACUGUAGCAGUAGUGUUAAUGCUUUUUCACACAGCAUUGACACUGACCCUUGGCUGUGGGAAAGUUUGGCCCUGAGAGAGCAAUCUGAGGGGAAAGCAGCUGAGUUUGCUUAUCUGUGCACACAAAUUAAGACACACAUGAACGCGCACAGAUACACAAACACAGCAAUGUUGUGUUACGUGAGACCACAACCUUAAAAAAGGUUGUCAGGAAUCUCGUAGGGAAUACUGAUUGGUGGAAUCAGAGUGGGGUUUCAAGAGAGAGGGAAUGGCCAGUGAACGUUUUGGGAAUGCAUCCCCAGUGCUUUUACUCACACACAUACCGUAUACACACACACUGUAAACUGUGUGUACAAUGACAAAAAUGUGCAGCUAUCUUAAAGGAUUAGUUCAACAUUUUGGGAUAUAUAUUUUGGGAUAACUUUAUUGCCGAGAGUUAGAUUAGAAGAUUGAUAGCACUAUCGUGUCGGUAAAUAUGAAGCUGCAGCCCACAGUUAGCUUAGCUUAGCACAAAGACUGGAAAAAGGGGGAAACAGCUAGCCUGGCUCUGUCUUUAUACUAAGCUAGACUAACAGCUGUUGGCUGUAGCUUCAUAUUUACUUUACAGACAUGAUGGUAGUAUUGUUAAGCAACUAUAACCACAUUUUAGUCCAUUUACUGUACAACAAAUCAUGCAUACUUCAUAUUUUUCUUGCAAUGCCAGUAUGUGGUGUGUUACACAACUCAAGCAAGUUUCAAGAGAAAAAACUUGCCUACAGGAAAAGUAAAUCCAAGAAUCAAAGCACAAACCAGCUGAACUGAAAACCAAAUUCCUUUUUGUUACAAAGGAAAAG